AUGUCACAAGAAGCAGACGCGCAAGUCUUGACAGGCAAGGCAAAGAAGGCCAAGCGUUCCGAGGAGAGAUACAAGAAGAACAAGAAGAGCAAGGUCGAGGGGACCACCGACGACACACCAAAGAACGACGAACCCGCCGCGGAAGCAGACGACUCAAAUGCCACAUCAGACAAGUCUUCGUCCAAGAAGCGCAAGCGAUCGCAAGAAGAAAAGGAGCAGCAAGCACCCGCGGAAGACGCAGCCCCCGCCGAGCCCAAGCAACAAAAGAAGCGCAAGAAGGAGCCCUCGGCCAACAAGGAGCCGUUAGCGAAGAAAGAAGGAGAUGCGACCACUACAACAGAAGGCGACGAGGCAGCAAAGAACCAGCGCUUCAUCGUCUUCAUCGGUAACCUACCAUUCACGGCCACGACAGAGCAAAUCAAAGAGCACUUCGCAUCCAUCCAACCGCAAUCAGUGCGUCACUCGACCGAGAAGGGUACCAACAAGAGCAAAGGAUUCGCGUUCCUCGAGUUCGCCAACUACGACCGCAUGAAGACUUGCCUGAAGCUGUACCACCACAGCAUGUUUGACAGCGGUGUCGGCGGCGAGAGAGGAAAGCGCAGAAUCAAUGUCGAAUUGACGGCUGGAGGCGGUGGCAGCAAGUCCGAGGGUAGAAAGGAGAAGCUCAAGGAGAAGAACGUCAGACUGAACGAGCAGAGACAGAGAAGGGCAGAGGCCGAGGCCAAGCAGGAGAAGCGCAAGGCAGCAAAGGAGGCCAAGAAGGGUGGUGCUCCUGGAGCCAGGGAAGAGGAAGCUCCUGAGCCUGAGGUUGACGCAGGAGCACAGGAGGGCAUACAUCCUGCCAGACUGGCCAUGCUGCAAAGAAUAAACAACCGAUAG